GGCGCGGUUUUUGUUGUGGUGUUUGUGUUUGGGGCCGCUUUUUAGUAUCACUUUAGCUGCUGCGACCCCCAUCCCUCCUGCGCAGGGCGCAGCAGAAGAAGUAAACAACACCAACAACUCCACCCCAGCAUCUCCCACUCGGUCCAGGAGGCCCCAAACUACGCUGACUCCUGCCCAAGAUGGAUGCUAAGCCCCAGAGAAUUCGCGUCCGUGGCGACGAGAACGCCCCCUUCCCUCUCCCGGCCGGCAAAACCCUUCACCAGCAAAACAAGUCCACCCCCGCACUGUCCGCCAUGUUCCAGCACGGCGCUAAGCAGAAUGCUUCCAAGCGCGCUGCCUUCGGCGAUGUUAGCAACACUGCGAAACCGGUCCACGGCACUCGUGAUGACAGCUCCCUGGCCGGCAAGAAGCAGACCAAGGGGGCCGAGAAGGCGGCAUUGGUGGUCGAGAGAAAGUCCAGCGUGCUGUCGCAGCCAGCUCAGCGUCCCACGUCAAUGGCCGGCAUGAAGGGCCUCUUGAACAAUGCGAAACCCCUCGAGCCGUCCAAGCAGAUCGCCCUGCAGCAACAGACCACCAAUGCGAGAAAGACCCUGAACAAGCGGGCCCCAGUGUUCAAGGACGCAGCGGAACCAUCGACCGAAAAAAGCGAACACCCAUCCAAGGAAAACAGAUCCGUCCCGAACGACGAGAACAAGCCGGCUGCGACCGCGACUGCGAAGAAGGAUAGCGCCAAGGAGGAAGUGGCACCGGCAGAAUCGAAGAGCGAUUUGGAAGAAUCAGAAGAAAGCUCGGCAGUGAACUCGGAAGUGGAAGACGGAGAGAAGGUGGUGCCGAAAGUCGACGAUGACCACUGCAAGGUGCAGGACUCGAAGGAAAACGCGGCUGCAGAACCGAAGCGCGCCUUGAAGCCUCAUCGUGACUCUGCACCGGCACAGUCGGAGCCGGAAGAGUACUGGGACGAGGAGGAAGAAAACGAAGAGGAUGACGGUUAUACCACUGCUCGUUCCUACCGUUCUCGUGGCGAAAACACCACCGGUGGUGCGACCACGGUGCUAUUCCCAAAAUUCAACCAGCAGGUCAGACGGGAGCUCGAGUUUGCGAAGCAGGUGGUGGAGGAGACCCGCACGGACGAGGACAUUGAGGAUGAAUUCUGGGACACAAGCAUGGUUGCUGAGUACAGCGAAGAGAUCUUCGAGUACAUGAGGGAACAGGAGAUCAAGAUGCUGCCCAAUGCCCAUUAUAUGGAUAACCAGGCGGAGAUCCAGUGGUCCAUGCGAUCGGUCCUCAUGGACUGGGUUGUGCAGGUACACCAUCGGUUCUCCCUGCUCCCCGAGACCCUCUUCCUGUGCGUGAACUACAUCGACCGUUUUCUGUCCUGCAAGAUCGUCUCCCUUGGCAAGCUCCAGCUGGUGGGCGCAACUGCCAUCUUCAUUGCCGCCAAGUAUGAGGAGAUCAACUGCCCCUCGGUGCAGGAGAUUGUCUACAUGGUUGAUGGGGGGUACACGAUUGAUGAGAUUCUCAAGGCCGAACGCUUCAUGCUGAGCAUGCUGCAGUUUGAGCUGGGAUGGCCUGGACCGAUGAGCUUCCUGCGGAGGAUUAGCAAAGCCGACGAUUACGACCUCGAGACCCGCACACUUGCCAAAUACUUCCUGGAGAUUACUAUCAUGGAUGAGCGGUUUGUCGGAAGCCCUGCUAGCUUUGUCGCAGCUGGCGCUCAUUGCCUUGCUAGACUGAUGUUGAGGAAGGGAACCUGGUCUCCCGCGCACGUCCACUACGCAGGGUAUACUUACACUCAGCUCCUUCCUCUGGUGUCUCUCAUGGUGGAAUGCUGUGAAAUCCCGCGCAAGCACCACGUGUCCAUCUAUGAGAAGUACUCGGACAAGCGAUACAAGCGCGCCUCUCUGUUCGUGGAGAACGAGAUGCGACGAGGGUUUGCUCUGCCCGAGCCCGAGCGCAACGCAUCGCUUGACUCAGCACACCAUGCGAAGCGGGUAUAGUCAAGUGGCCCUCGUCGCUAAUGCCCGUCUUCCAACUCUUUACCCUUUUUCCCUUUCUCUCUCUUUCUCUCAAAUACUACUACUAACAAUAUCGAAGUCGGUGGUUCUUUGGUAAAUCCCAAUCAGGAACACGUCUCACCGCUGUGCUACCACGUGUGGCGUCUGCCCUGCUCAAAUGCUACGCAAGCCGUGGCUGUUCGCAACAACUGAUAAUAUCAGAUACCCUUAUUAUGGGCGUGGGA